UACGUCCCGUCGUGCAUGCCAUCACGGACUCUUUAUAAUUAAGAGCGGUGGCCGACGCGUAGAAAGAAACAAGCGUCACCUCAAUGUUACCGUUCCCUUAUCCACCCCGCUGGCGGUAGAAGGUGGCCUAUUUAGAAGCAGUGCUCCGUAAGGCCAGCGCAAGCAUUGAAUGUAUGGCGUUGCUUCCCCCUGUGGUUCCCCUAUUCGAUACCUUCCUUGUCGGAAAGCGCCUGAGAAAGCCACACUUGUGCCUUAUCCAACCCUACUUGACGAAACCUCUCAGUUGCAGACAGGCAUCAGACUUGGAGGUCCAUAUAGCUGUCGGAGGUGAUCCUCGCCAGAACGGAGAGUUACGGUCGAUAAACCAGAAGCCGACGGCCUCGCGCCCAGAAAAUGGACGGCCACGAAGGCGACGAGCAGUCUUUCCUCGACAUUCUCAAUGCACCUGUAGCCUCGUCUCGACCGGCAGCGGCUGCCAAUAAUGCUUUCACAGCCUCCAACGAUGUACCGGCUAUCGGCGACCCCGACUUCUUUGGAUCCUGGGAUGACAUGGACGCGCAGGGCGAGGCGGAGGAUGAGGAAGGCGAAGACUAUGACCAUGAGUUUGACGAGGGUAUGGCCAUAGACACGGCGGAGACGCACGCACAGCACGAUCAAAACGCAGUCGUGGAGGACGUCCCAGAUGAUGUUGGGCUACAGCUCGACCAAGCGACCGCCGACGCUGGCCUAGAUACCCAAGGAAGCAGAGACUUCCUCUGGGAGGAAGACGAAGAAGCCAUCCGCGAGAUCGAAGAGUCCGCCGGCUUUGAAGGCUGGGGCGACGAGCCCACGCAAAGCAGCGGCCGCGGCCGUGGGAAAAAACGCGGUAGACGGGUCAAAAGCAGCGAUAAGCAGGAGUUGACGGACGAGCAGGCCGAGAUUGUCGGGCAGGCGAAUCUGGCGUACAUGCGGGGAGAGUACGCGACUGCUGUCAAGCUGCUGCAUGAAGUUAUACAGGGAGCGCCGAACGCGUAUCAGGCGUGGGUUACGCUGGCGAUGAUCCAUGAUGAGUUAGGGGAUACGGUCAAGGCAAUGCGCACGUAUAUGAUGGCGGCUCAUCUUUCGCCUAAGGAUACGGAUUUGUGGACUCGGUUGGGGGCCAUGUCGAGGAAAUUUGGGCAGAAUGAUCAAGCUCUAUAUUGCUUCAACCAUGCAAUCUCUGCGGAUCCCGAGAACGUCGAUGCUUUAUGGGAUCGUGCGGCGAUCUAUCAUGAGAGAGGAAUGAUGCAGAAGGCAAUAACCGACUUAGAAGCCCUCCUCGAAAUCAUCCCCCACAACAUGCCCGCCGUAAAAGAGCUCUGCAAAAUCUACGUCGAACUGAACGACGCCGGCCGCGCCAUCCCCCUCUUCGAGGCCGCCUUUAAAGCCGACGAGACCCAUCCCAUCCAAGUCUCAUCCCCCGAUGCAGGCGACGAUGAAGAGGCCGACGACGACGACGAGCAAGUCCUCGCUGACGUCAGCAUGGGCGUUAAGGUCACCACGAAGACCCGUAUUGGAUAUGAGGAGCUCAAUAUGCUGGCGGAGUUGUAUAUGGAGAUAGGGGAUUAUGAGAAGACGCUAGUGACAAUCAAGCAGGGCUUACGGAGGAUUCAGGGGAGAACGGAGGAGCGCCAUUGGGAUGAGCAUGAUGAUGAUCGGGAGUAUACGGAGGAUGAGGUGCCGGAGAGUAGGGAGCUGCCUAUCCAGCUGCAAGUGAAGUUGGGGAUAUGCCGGAUUUGGCUGGAUCAGCCUGAGAUUGCAAAGAUGCACUUCGCCAAGUUAUAUGCGCGCCCGGUGAAUGACUUCGCCGAACUGUACUUUGAGGUCGCUGAGGCAUACAUGGGGAAACGCAUGUUUUCGGUCGCCCUGACCGUAUUCGAAGUGUUACGGGAUAAUCCAUCGACCGACUCAGCCAUAAUCUGGAGCAAAAUGGGCUACUGCUACCACCACCUGGGCAACUUCGAAAUCGCCAGCGAGCUCUACGAAGCCGUCCUCGACGCCAACCCGGACGAUUUCGAUGUCAAACUAGCAUUGGCCCAGGUCUGCGAAGAGCUCGGUGACGAAGACAGAGCACUGAGACUCAUCGCGGAAGUCGAUGCCGAGUCCCGAGCGGCUGUGCGGGAUCAAGGCGGCGAUACCGCGGCGCAGGGGAAAGAAGUCGAUGGCAGACACUCGGACGGCACACCGACGCAGAGUGGAUCGGAAGCGGUGGUGGCAUUUAUCAUGGAGAAGCAGCGGAACGUGGUGCAGGAUCAAGCGACGAAGGAUGCGAUGGAGGCCGCGAGGAGGAGGGAGGCGUUGGUGACGUACGAGAGGGUUAUGACGCUUUGGGUGAACAUCAAGGAGAAAGUCUCCAGGACGGACUUUCUGAGAACAGCCCGAACCUUGAUCACGUCCUUCCAGAACACGAAAGCGUUCUACCCUACGAAUCGGGCACAGAAGUACCGCGGUCUAAAUCCACGCCUGAAGACCCGCAAGGGCGGCGUGCAGCAUGAGAUACAGGAGAUGAGUGACCGGUUACGGCCGGGAAUGACGAAAUCGGCUCGCCAAGAUCAGCUACCAGUCAAUUUGAAUGAGUUUCUGGGACUGAAGUUCGAUCAGUGGUAUGAUCUGUUUGUGAAGUACGCAUACGCUGCAGUCAUGGACGGAAAAGAAGAGGAAGCGCAAUCAACGCUCAUGUCGGCGUUCGACGCCAAUGUCUUCUACCACGAUGAGCUGAGGAAGAUUCGAUUACGGUUGCAUAUGAUAUCGGUGGCCAUCUACGGAGGAAACGCCGUCCACGUAACAGACCAAUGCCGGUGGUUUUGUCAAACAUCGGGGUAUCCGAAUGAUGUGUAUCGGAUAUAUAGUGCGAUGCAUGCAGGUGGUUCCGAAGCAGUCCAAUGCUACGGCAUGAACAGCAGCGUCAAAUACUUCAUGCGACAACUCAAAGCCAUGGACAAAGGAGCGAAAACACAACCCUAUGCACCGGAAAACAGGAACGCGUUGCUGUUGACGACUUAUGGCCAUCUGCUGCAGGCUGGACGGAGUUAUUUGGCUGCAAUCGCCUUCUACGUCAAAGCCUACCACCUCUGCCCCAACGACCCACUCAUUAACUUCUCACUAGGGCUGGCCCAUAUCCAGCGCGGAAUGCAGCGCAAAAGCGAUAAUCGACACAUGCAUAUGAUGCAGGGGUUCACGUUCGUGAUGCGGUAUCAUCAACUGCGCGGGGAGAACGUCGAGGCGAAUUUCAAUGUCGCUAGGGCGUUUCAUCAUGUUGGUCUGAACAAUCUCGCCAUCCCGUACUACGAAAAAAUCCUGGAAGCCUCACGGAAGGGCAAACUGACAGAGGACGAGCAGGAUCUCAAAGGCGAAGCGGCGUACAACCUGUCCUUGAUCUAUAUUAGUAGCGGGUCUCCGGGUCUGGCGGAGAUAGUUUUGAGGAAGCACUGCACUUUCUGAUACGGCUGUUUCAUUUUUGGA